CACAAUGGCUACCGAUGUAAAUGAUAGCAAGCACUUCAACACUUUCGACGAAGACAGCAUACAUGGAGCUUCUUUAAGAGGAAAGAAACCAGAAGAGCUUACAAAAGCAGCUCUUUUACAAUGGCUACGUUGCAGAAGUGGAGGAAGUUUGAAAGGAAGAAAGGCAGAUUUAGUAGAGAGAGUCAAGCUGUACAUACAGCAUGGUUGGGAUACCAAGUAUCUGAUGAAUCCAAAUAAUUACAACCAGAAGCUGUACAGUCAGGCAACCCUUGAAACCAGCAGCUCUUUUAAUUUCUUGAAUCCCUUUUCACUCAUCCACCACCUUCGGGUUACACAUCUUGCCUGGACGAUGUUCCUUUCAUAGAGGACAGUGACAUCCAUCAGUAUUUUUUGGUAAAAUGUGAUGACAACAGCACUACCGCCAAGAAACAUCGGGACACAGGAUGGACUUUCUUCAAGUCAGGGAAAGUGGCGACUUCAGAAUAUCAGAAGGAUUUAGAUGACAGCAUUUUAGUGAUAAGAGGAAAUGUUGAAGCUUCAUUUGACAGAGGAAUUAUCACAGGGAAGUCCAAAAAAACACUAUUAUACUUACAUUGGUUGUGAUAAACAUUCUGGGACAAUUUUAGGUGGAAGAUGCUUUUGUAAAGCUGGCCUUGGUGGUUACUGCAAGCAUGUUGCGGCAGUGCUUUUUCGUGUCAUGGACAGUCAGAGACAGGGUCUUAAGUUUACACCAAUGGGAGGUUCUAAGACUUCGAAAUUACAAACAUGGCAUCAGCCUAGAGUCAAAGGAAAGGCAUGCAUCAAGUUUUGUGACUUGGUAUUCGAGUCUUUCAAUUUUGAGCGGGACAACGGCUCAACAAUAGUGAAACGCCAGAAAACAGAUUAUAGAUCUGAGGCCACAUGUGCGAUAAGUAUCGUGAUAGAUAUAAAAUGAGGAUUGCGGGAUCUAAUGAUUUACACGUGUGGAAUGGUUGUAAAAGACAUACAACGAUUAUCAUUUUACGAAGCAGCUAAUUACCAUAUAUUUGUUGGAAUAUAUGCAAUUAUCAUUAGGAAUGAAACUAAUUACUGAUGUAUGUUUAAAGAACUUUAUAUAAUUUGCUCGGACGUCGUCGAGGACAUGCCUAGGAAAGUCGAAGAAAUGUGCAUAGUAAACACAAAAAGGUUUAAGAAAUUAAAUAUGCUAAAUAGUUAUCUGGAUUCUUGAUACAUGGAAUUUGAACUUUGUUUUAUGUAUUGUGAGAAUUAGGAAAAUAAUGUACGUGUGUACACGCAUUUGACAGACAGCGACCGGCGAUAUUAUAUACAGGAUAUUUAAUACAUGUAGAACUAAACAACAGUUAAAACGACCAAUUUUGAAUAGAAACAUUUCUUUUUUUGUUUACAGACAGACAGCGGGCUGCCCAUCCUCCCGCCUGCCCGGUGGGAAGGCCACAGUACAUGGCCGCUCAGUCGGUCCGGGCAGCGGGCUGUCCGUCCUCCCACCUGCCAGGUGGGGAGGGCACAGUACCUGAUGUUAAACUUAGUUGAAGGUGUCCAUUCUGUCUGUAGCUGUAUUCAUCUCCCAAUAAUAGGCUGACCCUCCUGGGUUUAUCGUACGUUUUAUAAGAAAGAUAAAGUAUAUCCUUGUAAUAUUUUUAGAACGUACAUUAUUUAAGCAUGCGUGCGAGAAGUGGUCGUUAGAUAAGGAUGGCUUGAUAUCGUUUUAAUUAUUAAGGUAUUUCUUAGAACGUAUGGUGUGGCCACUGACGGACGCUGUCAUGGUAUGGUACCAUAUCCCCGAAAUAUCACACCUGUAACAGUACAAUCUAAUUAAAAUCUAGAUGGUCAUUCUCACUACGUUACAUGAACAUCUAACAACAUCCCAUAAGGGGUCACGUCAGGGUGACCUCCGAGAUGUGUGUAUUUCACUUUCAGGACGAAUUGGCAAUUUGUCGAUGCCAUCGAAGCAAAACAUUUCGUCACAGCAUGCAUCAGAAGCAAACCAUUUCGGCACAGUAUAAUGAUAUAUGCUUUAUGGGACGA